AUGAGAUCACAUAGUUCAGGAAAUGAAAAGAAAUUGGUCAAAAAAACUGCAUUAAUUUUAUUUAUCGUGAAUCUUCUGAUACGGAAAAUACACAAAGGAAAACAAGAAUAUUACAACCAGCGUUUUACUCACUUCUUAUGCUCCAAUAUAUCAUUGCAAAGUGCCGAAUAUUACUGGUAUAAAGUAUGUAAUAUGGGAACUGUACACAUAUAUGGCCAAAAAAAAUCAGUUUACAUGAUUUCAAUAAAGAUAUAUGAUCAAAUAGGAACUUACCCCCAUGUUGAAGUAAGAGACCCGCCAUUGAAGUGUAAUAACACUGGCAGAUUAGAACUACAUGCGACGAGGCAAUCCUCAUCUCAAUUAAUUACGCAUCAUAAUGAACAACGUUAUGCACAGUUGGACUGUCACGCAAAAACACGCUAG